AUGAGGGUGUCUUUCGCAGCUUUCGCCUUUGGGCUUCUCAUACAUCACACCUUGGCAAAGCCAUCCCCAAUGAAACCUCGAAGGACUUCUUCCAUACUAAUUAACCCCGGUGCUCUGCCCGACCUGCCAAGCCUUGCUGAGGCGAGGUCUUCUUUCGCCUCAGGACUCAACCUCGACGAGAUUCAGGGGGAUAUACUAGUUGGGAUGAAAAAGAAUAAGGAGCUCUUCUUCUUCUUUGAAAUUACCGACGUUGCUGCCUUCAAAUCCAAGCUUGGGACUGACAUCCACGACCGUAUAACCCCGACCGCCAAGAUGCUUGAUGUCGCCACUCAGCCGGUCACUGCAGUCAAUAUCGCCUUCUCGCACAGCGGACUUACGGCACUGGGUGUAAACGUCGAUGAUUUACUAGAUACGAACUUCCAAAUGGGACAGCUCGAAGAUGCUCCGACGCUUGGGGAUCCUGGUACCGGGAAUUGGGUGUCAGCUUUCGUUGAACAGAAAGUUCAUGGAGUCUUUCUUCUCGCGUCCGACACUCAAAGCAACAUCGACGAUGAGCUGAAGAGCAUCCAAACGGCCCUUGGUGGUUCAAUCACUGAACUCCACAGGCUGCAAGGGGCUGCACGGCCUGGUGAUCAACAAGGACAUGAACACUUUGGUUAUAUGGAUGGCGUCAGUCAACCCGCAAUUGAAGGCUUCCUCGACCCCGAGGCUGGCCAGUUCGUGGCCAAACCGGGUGCCAUUCUUCUCGGGGAGGAUGGAGAUGGAAACAUGGCCACUCGUCCGUCUUGGACAAAGAGCGGCUCGUUCCUCGCGUUCCGCCAGCUGAAGCAACGUGUUCCCGAGUUCAACAAGUUCGUCGCCGACAACGCACUAUCAGUUCCUGGUCUCAGCAAACAGGAGAAUAUUGACCUCUUCGGUGCUAGGACUGUGGGACGAUGGAAGAGUGGUGCUCCUAUUGACCUCUCACCUCUCCGGGACGAUCCAGUUCUUGGUAACGACCAUACGAGAAACAACAACUUCACAUUUGACCACCCUGAAUUGAGUGGUUUUGAUGUGAACACCAACCAAACCCUCUGUCCCUUCUCUGCUCACAUCGCCAAGAUUCGCCCGAGAGCCUUCCUCAGUGUCACACUGAACGUCGCACACAUCAUGCGUGCAGGGAUUCCCUACGGACCUGAAGUGACUGAUGCCGAGGCAGCCGCACAAACUUCCUCCGACGACCCGGCGCUUGAAAGAGGUCUUGCAUUUGUUGCCUAUCAAUCUAGCCUUGCAAACGGCUUCACCUUUUUACAAAGGUCCUGGGCUAACAAUGCAAAUUUCCCAAAGAGCAACGUCGGCGUCGAUCCCAUCAUUGGGUCUACUAACUCCGGACCACCUGGGGAUGCGCAAAGGACUAUCACAGGACUCGACCCUACCAACUUCCAGAAGCCCAUUGUCGUUAAUGAAGAUUUUGUUGUUUCCCGUGGUGGAGAGUACUUUUUCUCGCCGCCAAUUUCUGCUCUCAUCAACCCUCUGUCUCAGUGA